CGCGAGUCAAUUAAAUAAAUACAACACUUAAAAGAAAAUAAUAUGUACUUUUGAAUUGUGCUCUCGUGCUUCAUAAUACUGAAAGCUUGUGAAAGUUUUCAACGAAUAAAUUUUCUAAUGCCUUCUGCUAACUAGUCGAAUAAUAAUCAUAACAUGAACUAAUAAGUGAUUCGAUAAAAUGACAAAAAUAAUUUUAAUCGUCGGAAUACUUUUGGCUACGAGCUAUUUUGGAGACACUGAUAACCUGCUUGAUAGCGGAACCAAGAUCGGUAAAAAUGUCUGGUUUCCAGCGACUCCUGCAGACUCAGCAGUUUCAAAAGAUACAGUUGAUACCAACAGCAGAGACAAAAGAUCAAUGGCUGUAGUAUUGCCAAUGGAAAGCAUUCGCGCCGAUGGAAAUAAUAACGAAGACGUCAUAGAUGAUGAAGAUGAUGAUGAUGAUAAAGAAAUAAAUCGUAGAAAUUACAAAACAAAACGAUGUCGCGGACUCCCGUCUUAUCGUAAAAUAAAAUUAUAUAAAGAACCGGAAGAGGAUGUUGUGUCGUAUGCUAUAAAAAAUGCAAGAAGUCUAGAUCCUAGUAAAAAUAUAAUUUUGCAAAUGGGAGAAGAUAACCAAGUGACCUCGGAAGAGUCCGAUGAAGAGGAGCAACCAUAUCUGCGAAUAGCAGCUGUGAAAAAUCCAAAAGCAAUACUAAAAAAUAUUUUGAGAUCAAAAUCCAUGCAGAGAUACGAAGAGAGUGAAAUUAAUAAAGACAAUGCAGUACUGAAAAGAGUGAAGGCUCAUCUCAGACCGGAAGAUUGUAACGUUUUGGCUUUGAUAGGUAAAAGAGCAGGAAAUAUAAGGCCAAAUAAGCCAAGAAAAUUUGUGUGUUAUUAUGAAGAUAAGAAUUGCGGAAAUGACCCUGGACAAAUGGUUCUUCAGGCUUAUCCUGUGUGGAAAAAGGCAAGACCUGUUUUUCUUAAUGAAAACAAUUAUGGUAUCAACACGAUACCGAAUGUUCAACAAGAUCAUCAGUUUCAAAAAUUCGUACAAGCACCCAUAAUCACACAGUACUCACAGCCUUCGGUAUUGGCAAAAUCUCAAAAUCCGAUGGUUAGUUCACAAAUUAUAUCAGGUAUAUUGAAAACACAAAGUGGGACAAUUCCCAUGGAUACUAGAAGUGACGUACAAAAGCAGCAAUUUGAAAAUAUAAAAAGUCCACCGAUUUUACAAUUGCCCGAGCAACCAUUCAAUAUUCAGUACGGAGUACCAUCUGGUAAAAUAAAUUGGCAGCAAUUGAAUAAAAUGGCGUCAGCUGACAGUGCCAUACAGCGAAAUGGGUUUGUCGGUCAACAAAUAAAAUCACAUGCAUCGGUGCAAACGCCAUUUAGACAGAAUUGCGUUGGUACUUCGUACAGUGGAAAUAAUGCAAUUGAUCAAAGUAAUGAGAAAAUGUUAAGUCAGCAGAAUCCAAUCGAUCACAAGAUUGAAGAUGAAUACGUGGGAACUGAACAGACGAUUCCCAUAGGUAACGAAAAGACUUGGUCAAUAGGUCGGACUGAACUUGGUAAAAGUUUUCGAAACGUUGAAGAUUGUAUAAAACUUUAUGGAAGGGAAUUUUGUGUGGUGGAUGCGACGAGUUUAUCCCAGUGGAAAAACGCCGCCGUUCACCAAAUUGGAUUAGAUUCAGAGGACGGCCACCUGUCGACAGAUUAUUCAGAUAGAAAUACUUUGAAUUACGUCUCGACUCCGAUAUCUGCCAACUAUGGCUAUCAUAACGACGAGCAAACGGUGGACUCAAAUUAUCAAUAUGAUUCUAGAAAUCCUGAUACACAACUGAAAUAUACCUCAGAACAACCGUUUGUAGCUCAGACAGCUCGGAAUAAACUUCUGACAGGAUCUGAUGAAUCUUACGAAACUACUACUACUAAUUUUGGAUAUUAUACCGAUCAUAACGAGGAACAGACGGCAGGCUCGAAUUAUGAGUAUGAUUCGAGAAAUCCUAAGACGCAAUUGAAAUAUAUCUCAGAACUACCGUUUAUAGUUCAGACAGCUCGGAAUAAACUUCUGACAGGAUCUGAUGAAUCUUACGAAACUACUACUACUAAUUUUGGAUAUUCUACCGAUCAUAACGAGGAACAGACGGCAGGCUCGAAUUAUCAGUAUGAUUCUAGAAAUCCUGAUACACCACUGGAAUAUACCUCAGAACAACCGUUUAUAGCUCAGGCAGCUCGGAAUAAACUUCUGACAGGAUCUGAUGAAUCUUACGAAACUACUACUACUAAUUUUGGAUAUUCUACCGAUCAUAACGAGGAACAGACGGCAGGCUCGAAUUAUCAGUAUGAUUCUAGAAAUCCUGAUACACCACUGGAAUAUACCUCAGAACAACCGUUUAUAGCUCAGGCAGCUCGGAAUAAACUUCUGACAGGAUCUGAUGAAUCUUACGAAACUACUACUACUAAUUUUGGAUAUUCUACCGAUCAUAACGAGGAACAGACGGCAGGCUCGAAUUAUCAGUAUGAUUCUAGAAAUCCUGAUACACCACUGGAAUAUACCUCAGAACAACCGUUUAUAGCUCAGGCAGCUCGGAAUAAACUUCUGACAGGAUCUGAUGAAUCUUACGAAACUACUACUACUAAUUUUGGAUAUUCUACCGAUCAUAACGAGGAACAGACGGCAGGCUCGAACUAUCAGUAUGAUUCUAGAAAUCCUGAUACACCACUGGAAUAUACCUCAGAACAACCGUUUGUAGCCCAGAGAGCUCAGAAUAAAAUUAUCAAAGAAUCGGAUGAAUCUUACGGAACUGCUACUACCAAUUUUGGAUAUUCUACCGAUCAUAACGAGGAACAGACGGCAGGCUCGAACUAUCAGUAUGAUUCUAGAAAUCCUGACACACAACUGAAAUAUACCUCAGAACAACCGUUUAUAGCUCAGGCAGCUCGGAAUAAACUUCUGACAGGAUCCGAUGAAUCUUACGAAACUACUACUACUAAUUUUGGAUAUUUUACCGAUCAUAACCAGGAACAGACGGCAGGCUCGAACUAUCAGUAUGAUUCUAGAAAUCCUGACACACAACUGAAAUAUACCUCAGAACAACCGUUUAUAGCUCAGGCAGCUCGGAAUAAACUUCUGACAGGAUCCGAUGAAUCUUACGAAACUACUACUACUAAUUUUGGAGUUUGUAGCUCAGACCAUAACGAGGAACAGACGGCAGGCUCGAAUUAUCAGUAUGAUUCUAGAAAUCCUGAUACACAACUGAAAUAUACCUCAGAACAACCGUUUGUAGCUCAGACAGCUCGGAAUAAAAUUAUCAAAGAAUCGGAUGAAUCUUACGGAACUGUUACUACAGAUUGUGGAUAUUCUACCGAUCAUAACGAGGAACAGACGGCAGGCUCGAAUUAUCAGUAUGAUUCUAGAAAUCCUGAUACACAACUGAAAUAUACCUCAGAACAACCGUUUGUAGCUCAGACAGCUCGGAAUAAAAUUCUCACAGGAUCCGAUGAAUCUUACGGAACUGCUGCUACUAAUUUUAGAUAUUCUACCGAUCAUAACCAAAAAGGAACGGCAGAAUCAAACUAUCAGUAUGAUUCUAGAAAUCCUGAUACACAACUAAAAUAUACCUCAGAACAACCGUUUGUAGCUCAGACAGCUCGGAAUAAAAUUCUCACAGGAUCCGAUGAAUCUUACGGAACUGCUGCUACUAAUUUUAGAUAUUCUACCGAUCAUAACCAAAAAGGAACGGCAGAAUCAAACUAUCAGUAUGAUUCUAGAAAUUCUGAUACACAACUAAAAUAUACCUCAGAACAACCAUUCGUAGCCCAAACAGCUCAGAAUAAAAUUUUACCAGGAUCCGAUGAAUCUUACGAAACUACUACUACUAAUUUUGGAUAUUUUACCGAUCAUAACGAGGAACAGACGGCAGGCUCGAAUUAUCAGUAUGAUUCUAGAAAUCCUGAUACACAACUAAAAUAUACCUCAGAACAACCAUUCGUAGCCCAAACAGCUCAGAAUAAAAUUUUACCAGGAUCAGCCAAAUCUUACGAAGCUGGUACUACAGAUUUUGAAUAUUCACCUGAAAAUAAUUUCAAGCAAAGAAUACAAGAAGAUCAUGUACAACAGAAUGAAAUUGGUAAAAAUUCGAAUAUAGACACAUCCGAUUAUUACGAUAAUACAGGUUCUCAAAAUUCGCAUAUUUAUCAAUACGAAGACAAUUCAGUUCAUAAUAAUAAUAUGAAAUACAAUGAGCAAUCUCUAUCACAUGAUACUUACGGUACUUAUGACACUUAUAAUUAUACAACACAAAACUAUCUUUUGAAUGAAAAGCAAAAGCCUAAUUUACAUAGCGACUCAAGACAUCAUAUUGUUGACAGUCCCUGUAGGGUGCCUGUUACACCCUAUGAAAAUGAUGAUCCGUUUUAUACAACCGAAAAUAAUCUGCAACACUAUAAUGAUUAUUCAUCCGACGAUAAAAACGACUUGAAAUAUCCACUUAUAUCGGAUGAAACAAGAGAAUCUAGUUAUGCUGAUAAUACAGAACCUUAUACAGGUAACAGAUACGAUAGCGUGCAACCUGAAUAUUAUGCUAUGAACAAAAUGCCAAAAACUAUACAGCAUGACCUACAAGCACCUGUAAUUAUCGGCACUGAAAUUCCAUCGCUAACACAAAUUGAACCUACCUUAUUAGAAGAUUCAACGUAUCCAGAAAAUGCAAUUAAAAGACCACUAGAAAUUACCAAUAAUCAUUACGAACAGGUUCAACUAUCACGACCCUCAUACGAUCGCAUUCCCUCGCAUCACUAUACAAAUAUUAAUUAUUUUAACGACCAAUUAGAUAAUCAUCAAUUAGGGAAAGCCUAUACUGCUCAAGACUUUGGCAAUACCGAGUAUAUUAACAAUGAUUAUAAUUUCAAUAACUAUCCAAAUUUCUAUGAUGGAAGAGUAAAAAAUAUUUGGGAAAAUUCUGAAGGGAUAUUAAGUCCAGAUACAAGAAAUGAGCAUAUAGCUUCUAGUAAUAUGUUAAGAGAAAUGUCCGAAGGAGUACAAGAGCACCAGCGUCCUGGACCAGAAUGGGAUUCUGAAAGAUUUUCAUCGGUAGAUAAUUCAAAAAAAUCUACAGCUACCGAUCAUUCUCAAAUAAUAGAAGUAACAAAUGGAUAUUCAUUUGUUGAUAACAAUUUUGACAAAGCAUAUGGAAUGCAUACAAAUGAUCCAGCAAGUUCCACCGAUCUUUUUAUCAAUGAUGGAAAUGAUCGAUUUAAUCCCAAGUUCACUGAUAUAAAUGAUCCGCAAAUUCAAAGACAACCACAGGAUAUUCUAGGUCACGUGCCAUAUACGGAUUCCCUGGAAAAGUUUGUGGAUUCUACCAGCAAUGUUUUGCAGUCUGUAGAAUUUCAAACUAAUGGACCCGAAGGUAUACGCUACUUCGGAGACUCUAUGAAACACUUGGAUGAAAUAGAGAAUUCCGCGACGGAAGUGACGUAUGCAGAAAGUACAGAAACACCUUAUGGAGAAGAAGAUUCUAGCAGAGAUCUAGGUGAAAAAUAUUCACCCUCUAUAUCAGUGGAUUUAACUAGUCCACACUCUAGGAAAUGUUUUAUCACUGGGACAGGCGAGGAGGGAAGCUUUACGCCUCUUCAGGAUCUUGUUGGACAAAGCCUGCAUGAAGGAUCUAUGAAACAGAGUGCAGAAACAUAUACUGUAGGAAGCAAAGAUUUGGAUUUAAGGAACGCGGGAAAAAUUAAAUCCACGAUUCAUGCAGCGGCGGUAAAUUCAAAUCCGUCAAUUGAUCUUCCCACGGAUCAAGAAUCAACUUUAAUACGUGACAGUGUCGGAGAAUAUUUUGAAGAGGGAACCAGAGACAAAAAUACAGAUUCCCAUGAUACUUUGAUAUCCGUCACUCAGAAUUCAGAUAUGGUCAAUUUGACUCCCACUGAAAAUAUUCAAUCUGUAAUCUAUGGACCUGGAGAAAAAUUGAUUACGUCAAACAAUUUGCCUAAAGAUAUAGAUAUGACUUCAGCAUCUGACACUAUUGGAAAACCUCUUAAUCAAAAAAUUUUUAAAGAAUAUACGGAUUCUUAUGAUACUUCAGAACCAGUCAUACCGAAUACAGAAACAGCAGAUAUUACUAUAAUUGGAAAGUCUUCUGAGGAUAACAAAGAUAUUGUAGAAUCUAAUAAUAGACUUAUCGAAUCAGCAAUGGUAGGAAAUUCAAAAUGCAGUGUGAUAAAUAGCGAAAAAAUGUUUACGACACAAGAGCAAGAAUAUUCACCCCAUGAUGAUAAUUAUCUGAAAGCAACAAUAAAGAGCGUGAUUAAUAAUUUUGCGACAAAUAAAGACAACGAUAUGGUCGGAAGUAGCAAGAAUUCAAAAUCAACGGAAAGUAGUAAUUCCGAAGAUCUGCUACCAGAGAUUAUAAGUACUCCAAUGUUAAAAACUUUGUUUGCUUUGCCCGAGGUAGAAAACACGUUAACAGACAUUGUAAAAGAAACCUUAUCGAAAAGUCCGUAUGAAACGAAGUACAGAUCAAUCCUAGGAUCAGAAAGCGACGCCAUCAAAUCAAUCUUACGAGAUGUUAUUGCGGAAAUAGAAAAUUCACUUCCGACUGAUUACCCGAUCACUGUGGAAGAACAUGAGUUUAAAGGAGGACAUUGGGUAACGGAACAAAUCACAUUGAUGCCAACAGUACCCGCAGAACAAAGAGUUCAAAUUCCCUUUAGUGAAACUGUCAAUAAAAUUAUUCUACAAACUCUCAAGAAUAUUGUCACAUCACCAAUACUUGGUUCAAAGGCAGCAAGUCAUCCAGUUGUGCAAAACGUCAUUAUGGAAACUGUAAAGAAUGCACUUAGGAAGGCAAACGUAAACACGGCGUCCAUUGACGAUUCUGCACUUCGAGAAGUACUGGAUAAUCUUAUAAGGGAAAUGAAAGCAGACGGGUCAUCAGCAACAGGAAGUUUAAGAGAUUCAUUUGAUUCUUCUGCAUCUAUUUUGGGACAGUCAAUAGAUGAAAAUACAAAGAUUCCAAUGACGGAGAAUAAUUGUGAAUUAGAAAAAUGGACCACUACAGACAACAUUCAAACUCAAAUCGAGAACCCUGAGAAUUUGAAUUCAAAGGAAAUUUUUGAAAAUAAUGAUAAAGCAGUGUUACUCACAAGUACUGAUAAUUAUGAUGAGAAAUCUUCAAUUUUGGGACAAACUGUUGAUAUGUCUGAUUACGAUAUACCUAAAGAGUCAUUGUUAAAUGAUAAGAAAGUAUUCAACCAUGUUCUCAGCACGAAUCCAGGUAUUAAUGAUGCAUUCUCUUCUUCAGCAGAUUCCAUUAUUAUCAAUGAUGAGAAAGCAUCUCAAACCGCUACAGAAGCUGAAGAUUAUAAGAUGCUAAGAGAAUUCAAUAAGGAAGAGUAUCAUCGCGUUUCAUCUAAAUCUAAUGAUGAAAGUCUAUUGAAAUCAGUACAAUCUCAAAUUGUUGAUAAUACUCAAGUUGAUGAGUCUGUUGAAGAAAAUGUUCAAGCAGCACAUUUCACGCCGAAUGAUAAUGAUUAUCCUUUGAAAUCAUCACCAGGUUCGAAUUUUGACAAAAUUCAGAACAAUAAAUCAAUACAAGAAAAUUUUCAAGCAGCACAUUCUAACCCAAUUUUAUCAUCAUCUGUGAUAAGCAAGUGUAGUAACGUAUCACCAGAUAGAAUGAUCUCACAUACACCUCCUGCAGAUAUAUCAACAAAUAGUGAAGAAAUCAUCGACGACACAUUGACAGUCACUGAAUAUCCAAAUGUAGCAUUUAAUAAUGAAUAUAAUCAACAUAUUUUGGGAAUGACGGAAAAAUUACCAAGUGAUGAAGAUUUUUCUUUGAAAUCAUCACAAGGUUCAAAUUUUGACAAAACUCAGAUUGAUAACUCAAUGCAAAAUGUUCAAGCAGCACAUUCUAACCCAAUUUUAUCAUCAUCUUUGAUAAGCAAGUGUAGUAACGUAUCACCAAAUAGAAUGAUCUCACAUACACCUCCUGCAGAUAUAUCAGCAAGUAGUGAAGAAAUCAUCGACGACACAUUGACAGUCACUGAAUAUCCAAAUGUAGCAUUUAAUAAUGAAUAUAAUCAACAUAUUUUGGGAAUGACAGAAAAACUACCACGUGAUGAAGAUAUUUCUUCGAAAUCAUCACAAGGUUCGAAUUUUGACAAAAUUCAGAUCGAUAAAUCAAUACAAAAAAAUGUUCAAGCAGCACAUUCUAACCCAAUUUUAUCAUCAUCUGUGAGAAGCAAGUGUAGUAACGUAUCACCAGAUAGAAUGAUCUCACAUACACCUCCUGCAGAUAUAUCAACAAAUAGUGAAGAAAUCAUCGACGACACAUUGACAGUCACUGAAUAUCCAAAUGUAGCAUUUAAUAAUGAAUAUAAUCAACAUAUUUUGGGAAUGACAGAAAAACUACCACGUGAUGAAGAUAUUUCUUCGAAAUCAUCACAAGGUUCGAAUUUUGACAAAAUUCAGAUCGAUAAAUCAAUACAAAAAAAUGUUCAAGCAGCACAUUCUAACCCAAUUUUAUCAUCAUCUGUGAGAAGCAAGUGUAGUAACGUAUCACCAGAUAGAAUGAUCUCACAUACACCUCCUGCAGAUAUAUCAGCAAGUAGUGAAGAAAUCAUCGAUGACACAUUGACAGUCACUGAAUAUCCAAAUUUAACAUUUGACAAUGGAAAUACUGAACAUGUUUUGGGAAUGACAGAAAAAAUUCCUGCUAAAAACUACGAUGACGUAGCGUCAAUACCCAGUACAGACUUAUCAAAUAACUCACCAGCAGUGGCUACAAAAACCAUAGGAAAAGUAUCAUCUAAUUCAGAAGUUGCAGAUAUUAAUAAUUUAUUAGAGAAGACACCUAUAAAAUAUUACUCGCCUAAUGACAGAAUUUUGGAGUACAAAAAGAAUCAUUUGCAAUACUGGAAUACUGAAUCAAAGACCAACAUGCCAUUGGGUAACGAUAUAGUUAAGGAAUCUGUGACAGGAUCUGAUCAAGGUUGUAGGUAUUCGACGGUAAGAAAAAACAGCAACGAUUAUUAUGACAAUACUGAUAAAAUAAAAAAAAUUAAUUCGUUGCAAUACAACAAUAACGAAAUUCAGAAAAAUGAAUACAUGGUCGGAAAUAAUAGAGAAAUUGUUACACCAGAUAAAGAUAAAAAAGUUAAUCAAGAAAUGAUAAAAUCAAAAACAAGUUCAGCUAUCUUAGAAUCUACAAUGAAUAUCAUGCCAAAUUCAAAAAUCAAUGAUUACGAUGAUACUGAAAGUCAGAUCGAAAAUAAUGUGGAGCAAUUUACUUCCGAUGGAAUUGUUGGUCAAACAGAACCUCAAAAUGCAAUUGAAGGAUUAAAAAAGAAAUAUAUGGAUAUUAAUUCGGAUGAAAGUGGAACUGAAGAUAUCAGUAAUGAAAAAUAUAUUUCAAGUGUAUCUAACAAAAAUAUACAGAGCGAUUCAAGUUUUGAAAACACGCAAGAGAAAAGUAUGUUUGAUGAAACUGCUGUAAAUACGUCGCUGGAUGAAGAAACGUCUGGUGAUAUAGAAGACGACUCAAAAUUGACUGCCACGCAGGAAGAGAACACAUUUUUUGAAACUACUGUAAAUCCAUCAUCGGACGAGGAAACAUUCAUUCAGCCGGAACAGUAUGAUGAAUCGAAAAUGGCCCCAGAUAUUAGUGAAGAAGAAGGAUCAAGAAGCAAAGAGCAUGUAGAAUUGGCAGAACCAAGAGAGAAUAAGAAAUUUUUGGAAAAAUUAAAUAACAAUGAAGAAGUAAGCGAUGUUAGCAUGUCAAAAAUGACAAAAGAUAUUAGCGACGAAGAGAUUUCAAAAAGCGAAGAAUAUGCAAACUUGGAGUCGGAACAGGGUGAAGAAUCUUUGGAAACGUUAAUUGACAGUAAAGAAUUAAACGAUCUUGAUGACGUAUCUUACGACAGUGCAGAAACCGCAGAAAAUGUAGGUACGUCAAAUUCGCCAACUUUUAACAAUGACGAUUACGAUCUAGCUAAAUCGCAAGAAUACUCUUCUGAACUAGAAAACGCGCAAGGAGAAGCAUACGAAAAGAAUUUCAAGCACAAUUUGGAGCAUUCUGCUUCACAAUAUUUAGGAGCCUCAAAGAGCAAUACGGGAAGCAUGAAAAAUAUUCAAAUGGGAAAAAGUACACGAAUGGGAAUUCCCGUUCUAGAAUCGUCAAAUCAAAAUAAAAUGCUUAAACAAACGAGAAAAAAAGAAAAAAUGAUACCAACGAAAUCUCACGAGAUUAUAAGAAAAACUAUUGAAAAAACAAUAACUAAAACUACGAAAUAUUAUGGUGCUGAAGAUAGUAUCGAAGACACGACAGUCAAUAGUCCAAAUAAUGAAAUGGUGUCCGCAACUAAAUCAUCGUGUUUCUCAGAUUCUGAUCACGAUCUUACGUACUUUGGUAAACUUUUGCCAAAAUGUGGAAAGAAUCAAGGUAACGACAUUUCUGAAUUGACCAAUUCCGAUUUAUAUUACAUCGGUGAUGGAGUGCGUCUACCUUUAACUAUAAAAAAACUUGAUGACGGCUCGUACGGUUUAUCGAUCUCAGAAAAGGUCUGCGAACAUUUUAUGAACACGAGGUGUCCCUGCUGCGUACCGCGCGAUGGAACUAUUGUUAGUGAAAAAAGAAAUUCUCACGAGGGUAGAAACUUGAAGAGAGAUUUAUGGAAGCUUAGCAAGAAAUCCUGUGUGGAAGGUGAACGAGAUUCCAAUGAAAAAGUUCAGGAUGAAGUUGGAAAAUCAAAAACACGACAUACCAGAUCGACGCCAGCGGUCAUUUCAGAAAUUCAAAAUAACGAUGAAAUUAUCAUUCCAGAGAGUCAUUCAACUCUAUUAAGAUCAAUGCCAGUACAAGAAUUUGCCAAAAAAUAUAAUCUAAUUUUAGAUUUGGCAAAGCAUUCCGUUACGGAAAAUGUUCAAAAAACUGUUACAGAGGCAGAUAAUAAUAAAUCGAUUUUGGACAACGAUGAAGGGAUUGAGCAUGAAGAGAAGGAAGAUUUAACGGAAAUUGAAGAAAAUUUUUCAAACAUUUUGAAUAAAACGAACGGAAAUAAAAUUUUCGAUGGAAAUCAGACUAGUAAUUUGGUGAAAAGUUUAAUUGCAAUUAAUGAUGCUCCUGAAAAUAAAAGGGCUGGUAUAGUUGUCAAUGCUUUAAAGAAUCUUAUCGAAAUGGGACCUACAGAAAUAUAUGCAGUUGUUGACGGUCAAGAGAAAAAAGUGGAAAUUAUGAAUAUGGAACAUGUGGAAGAGGAUUCGGAUGCAGCUCAAGACGAGGAGAUAGCGAAGUAUGGAUAUCAGAAGGAUAAUCCGAUACUUGGUCGAAUAAAAUUCAUCAAAAGAAAACAGAAGGAACAGAGCCAACACAUGUACCAACAAAUAGACGAUAAUGACAUAGCGGAUAAAAUGGAAAUUUUAAAAGUAAUUCUGUAUUGGUUAAAAGAUGUUAUUCUACGAACUCCUACGCAGAAUAAAAGUUAAUUAAUCAUUUAGCAGAGACAAUAUUUUUCAUACAGUUGUAAAUACACUGAUACCAUAGGCUUUUUUUAUUUAUAUUAAUAAUUAUAAACGUAUUUAUGGAAAAUGAUGUGACUUUGUAAAACUCUUAAUAAGUUGAAUGCCAGCAUUUUUAUCGGAUCACAGUUAAGAGCAAUAACUGCAUUCAUUGCAAAUUGUAUGGAAUAUGUAUUAUAUUUAAAAGAUUUUAAUAAAUAUAUAGAUAUAUAUUGUAA